AUGGAGACAGUAGAGGAGUUACGUGUUCGUGCUCAGCAGCUAGAACCAGCUGCAGAACAAGUGAACGGAGACCUGUGCAAUGGCAAAGUGUACUUGGCGUCGAUCAAGGAAGGAGAAUCGGACUUCGAAGAACCGCUAGAUCCGGCAACCCUUCACAUUGAAGGUGGCUUUUCGGCGUUUGGUGUUGAUCUCGUCGCUAGCACAAAUGUCGACAUCAGAAUUGUUCCCGUUGAACUUGCUUUAAUUGAUUACGAAAAACGAAAAGCAUUCGAGCUCUACGUGGCCUCACCAACUGGCCGAUGUCAAAUCAACGUCGAAGUUAUAGACGUUAACGAAAACGUGCCGAAAUGCCUUCAUGAUACCUUCACCUUCUACGUUACUGAGAAUCACAAACCAGCUGUCCUCGGCGAGGUGUUGGCGACCGAUGCUGAUUCUACUAUCUCCUCACCGAUCAACUACACAAUUCUUGGAGAAGGUGCUGAGCUGUUUGCGAUUUCGGAGCAGGGCGAGUUCCGAUCCAGAGUUCCCAUUGAUCGCGAAGAACAUGACAAAUUUGAACUGACAGUGAGAGCCACUGAUGCUAGAGGAAAGUGGGCGGACUGUCCAGGCAAAGUUGUCGUCAGAGAUAUCAACGAUAACACUCCUACAUUCGAACAUCCCGAAUAUCUAAUUGAAAUUGAUGAAGAAAAAACAUUGAAGCAAAAACUUGAGGCAUUUGAUCCUGAUAUUGGGGACAACGGCCAGAUCGUCUACACCCUGGAAAAUGUACCAGCUGGGUUAGCCGUCGAAGCAUCGGCUGGAAUUCUCUUUAUUGGUAAAAUCGAUCGUGACACUAUGGAAAGCGAUUCAGUUCGCUUAGUACUUCGUGCUACGGAUCGCGGACAACCCCCACGAACAUCUGUCGCCAACGUCACCAUCAAAGUCAGGGUACGAUCAGGCUAA